AUGGGUAACAACUUCUCCAGUAUUCCCUCUCUGCCCCGAGGAAACACCAGCCGGGCGCCGCGGGGCCACCCCCAAACCCUCAAAGACUCCAUCGGGGGCCCCUUCCCUGUCACCUCUCACCGACGCCACCACAAGCAGGAGCACUGUGCUCCGGGACCACCUGGCGGGGGGCUCCCAGCCACACCACUGCUCUUCCACCCGCACACCAAGGGCUCCCAGAUCCUCAUGGACCUCAGCCACAAGGCCGUCAAGAGGCAGGCCAGCUUUUGCAAUGCCAUCACCUUCAGCAACCGCCCGGUCCUCAUCUACGAGCAAGUCAGGCUGAAGAUCACCAAGAAGCAGUGCUGCUGGAGCGGGGCACUGCGGCUGGGCUUCACGAGCAAGGACCCGUCCCGCAUCCACCCUGACUCGCUGCCCAAGUACGCCUGCCCCGACCUGGUGUCCCAGAGCGGCUUCUGGGCCAAGGCGCUGCCUGAGGAGUUUGCCAACGAGGGCAACAUCAUCGCUUUCUGGGUGGACAAGAAGGGCCGCGUAUUCUACCGCAUCAACAACUCAGCUGCCAUGCUCUUCUUCAACGGGGUCCGCACAGCCGACCCGCUCUGGGCCCUGGUGGACGUCUACGGCCUCACGCGGGGCGUCCAGCUGCUCGACAGCGAGUUGGUGAUCCCGGACUGCCUGAGGCCGCGCUCCUUCACCGCCCUGAGGCGGCCGUCCCUGCGGCGCGACGCCGACGAGGCGCGCCUCUCCGUGAGCCUGUGCGACCUCAACGUGCCGGGCGCCGAGGGCGACGAGGCCGCGCCGGCCGCCGGCUGCCCCAUCCCGCAGAACUCGCUCAACUCGCAGCACAGCCGCGCGCUGCCCGCGCAGCUCGACGGCGACCUGCGCUUCCACGCUCUGCGCGCCGGGGCGCACGUGCGGAUCCUGGACGAGCAGACCGUGGCGCGCCUGGAGCACGGGCGCGACGAGCGCGCACUCGUCUUCACCAGCAGGCCCGUGCGCGUGGCCGAAACCAUCUUCAUCAAGGUCACGCGCUCUGGCGGCGCGCGGCCCGGGGCGCUCUCCUUCGGCGUCACCACGUGCGACCCCGGCACGCUGCGGCCCGCGGACCUGCCCUUCAGCCCCGAGGCCCUGGCGGACCGCAAGGAGUUCUGGGCCGUGUGUCGCGUGCCCGGGCCGGUGCACAGCGGCGACAUCCUGGGCCUGGUGGUCAACGCCGACGGCGAGCUGCACCUCAGCCAUAACGGCGCCGCGGCGGGCAUGCAGCUGUGCGUGGACGCCACGCAGCCGCUCUGGAUGCUCUUCGGCCUGCACGGAGCCGUCACGCAGAUCCGCAUCCUCGGCUCCACGAUCUUGGCAGAGCGGGGCAUCCCAUCACUCUCCUGCUCCCCUGCCUCCACACCAACCUCGCCCAGCGCCCUGGGCAGCCGCCUCUCCGACCCCUUGCUCAGCACGUGCAGCUCUGGACCGCCAGGGAGCUCUGUGGGCGGGACGGCCCCCAACUCUCCAGUGAGCCUGCCCGAAUCGCCAGUGACCCCAGGCACAGGACAGUGGAGUGAUGAGUGCACCAUUUGCUAUGAGCACGCCGUGGACACGGUCAUCUACACGUGUGGCCACAUGUGCCUCUGCUAUGCCUGUGGCCUGCGCCUCAAAAAGGCCCUGCACGCCUGCUGCCCCAUCUGCCGCCGCCCCAUCAAGGACAUUAUCAAGACCUACCGCAGCUCCUAGCCCCAUGUGGUGCCCCAGCCUGCACGCCUGCCUCCGCAGGCUUUGGCCCCACUCCAGCCAAGAGGCAAGCCCACAGGGCCCCUUCUCUUCUUCCGCAUUUUGGAAACUCUUCCCUUCUUCAUUAAACAUGGGAAACUGAGGCCCUCAAAGUUUUGGGGAGAAAGGGGGUAUCAGGCAGGGAGGUGAGGGGCAGAAACAAAUUGCCCAGCAGAGGGGAGGGGAGGAGUCUGCUCUCUUCCUGUCUUUCCUUUCUCUGCACCCACUCUACCCUGCAUGCCGAGGGGCUAAACGGGGGUCUCAGCCUCUCCUAAUCCUUCCCCAUCUGGGGCAGAUUUCUAGGAAGUCCUCUAGUCCAUGUAAGAAUUAGAAAACAUGUCCCUUCCUCUGGGCAGAUGUGUCCCUGAGCGAGGGCCUUCGGAGUAUGGCCUGGACGUCAGUCUCCAUUUGUUCUCAGCCAGCUGUCCUCGAGCAGUGCACAGCCUGCCUGACAGCAGCCCCAGGCAGGUGCCCGAGCUGCUGCCUUACUCUCUGACCUGUACCCACCUUCUUCCUCUCUCCCUUGCCCCUCAGGCCUGACGGCCAGGGUACGGUCGGCAGAUACCUCUCACCCUGGGCAGGCUGCAGCCCCCGUGCUAUGCCCCUCUCCCACUCACCGAGGGUGGGUGGAUGGACAGGCCUGGGUCUCUGACCUUGUGCCCUGGCUGAGAUGCAGAAGGGCCCUUCCUGGACAUAGCCUUUCUGCCCCAGUCAUCUCGUCAGAUGCUGCCACCCAGGGACAGCUUCGCUGUAGGCUGGAGAGCAGCGUCCGUCUUCUGGAAGGUUCUCUAAGAGUAGAUUUGCUUUUGCCCUCUGAGACCUGUCCUCCCAGAUCUCAGUGCUGUCCUGGGCCUGGCUGCUACUCAGACUGUAGUAUCCCCAGGUGAGGCCAGGACCCUGGAGUGGGGGUGGGGUACCCUGGGGGUAACAGCAGCCUUUUUUCUUAUUUUUAUUUAUUUAUUU